AUGGCUCUGAAGAGGAAAAGGACAGAUCUCUCCUUGGCAGACAAGUAUGAAGUGGUUAACCUCCUUGACCAAAAAGUCCCCCAAACAGAAAUUGCCAAGAAGUUAGGUUGUUCACAACCUCAGAUUAGCGCUAUCUCAAAAAAUAGAGACACAAUACGAAAAGAUUACGAAACUAGCGCUAAUCCAGAAAGAAAAAGGCACAGAUCUGGGAAGGCACCGACAGUCGAGGGGGCCCUUACAGAAUGGUUUACAAAGGCCCGCAGCAAAGAUCUCCCUGUCUCCAGCGCAGUGCUAACAGAAAAGGCAGAAGACUUGGCAGCACGAAUGAACAUUGAAUUCACCGCAACAAAUGGCUGGUUGUCCCGCUGGAAGCAAAGAAACAACAUAAGUUAUAAGAAGAUGCAUGGAGAGAAGAAAGACGCUAACACAGAUGCUGCCGACCACUGGAUCACAGAUGUUCUACCACAGCUUAUGAAAGAUUACGAGCCGCAGAACAUCUAUAACGCCGACGAAAUGGGACUUUACUACAGAGCUCUCCCUGAUGGAACACUGACGUUCAAGAAAGAUAAAUUGGCUGGUUCAAAAAAGGCAAAGAACAGAGUGACAGUGCUAGUGACAGUGAACAUGACUGGAACAGACAAGCGUCGGCUGCUGGUAAUCGGGAAAAGUAAAGACCCAAGAUGUUUCUGUGGGAAGAAAAGUAUACCUGUGAUCUACAAGAGUUCCGGAAAUGCCUGGAUGACUGGUGAUUUGUUCAAACAGUGGCUCGCAGACUUCAACAGAGACAUGGUUCGUCAGAACCGAAAAAUUCUCCUACUUGUGGAUAACUGCUCAGCUCACCCUAAAGACACUGCCGACCGACUUGCCAACAUCAGACUAGAGUUCCUGCCAGCAAACACAACAUCCAUAAUUCAACCAUGCGAUCAAGGCAUCGUUAGGAAUUUGAAAACCCUGUACAGAUCUCAAGUGAUUAAAAAAAAUGGUGAUCGAGAUCGACAGCGGCAGCAUCUCAACAGUGACGGACCUUGCUAA